GAGAGACUGAGCAUAUUAUUUCGCCGGCGGUAAUGGGAUGCAUUUGCUUCAAGUCUUGGCGCCGAUCAUCUUCUUCACCGUCGAUUACAUCAACGGUCAUUAAUGAUCUCGAAAACGUCAGAGACGAUGUCGACGACGACGGAGAACAUUAUCCGUUGAUUUUCCGUGAGUUCAGUUUAGAGCAGCUGAGAAUCGCCACCGACGGUUUCUCCGCCGGAAACGUCGUCUCAGAGCACAACGAUUCCGUACCAAACAUCGUCUACAAAGGAAAACUCGGAGACGGUCGUCGCAUCGCCGUCAAACGGUUUCAAAGACUUUCUUGGCCUGAUCCUUUCGAAUUCAUCAAUGAAGCACAAGCUGUUGGGAGAUUGAGGAGUGAACAUAUGGCGAAUUUGAUCGGUUGUUGUUGUGAUGACAAUGAGAGAUUGCUUGUUGCUGAAUACAUGCCUAAUGGAACAUUAGCAAAUCAUCUUUUUCACUGGGAGAAAAGACCGAUGAAAUGGGAAAUGAGGUUGAAAGUUGCUCUGCAUACCGCAAGAGCUUUGGAGUAUUGUAAUGAUAAAGGAAUAGAUUUAUACCAUGAUCUUAAUCCUUACAGGAUUAUGUUUGAUAAGAUAGGGAAUCCUAAGCUUUCUUGCUUUGGUCUCAUGAAGAAUAGCCAUGAAGGGAAGAUUUUUAGCACCAACUUAGCAUUUGCUCCUCCCGAGUAUUUGCGCCUUGGUACUGUAAUACCGGAGAGCGUCACAUUUAGCUUUGGAACUCUGUUAUUGGAUCUUAUGAGCGGCAGACAUAUUCCUCCAAACCAUGCACUUGAUUUGUUCCGAGGCAAAAACUAUUUGGUGCUAAUGGAUUCAGCUCUGGAUGGUCAGUUCUCUGAUGAAGACAGGACAGAACUAAUACACAUAGCUUCUCGAUGUUUGAAGAGUGAACCUGAAGAGAGGCCAAGUAUAAAGUUUCUUAAGGCGACUCUUUCUAGACUUCAGAAACGAGCCAAGUUAUGUCCUAUUAAUGUCAAAAGACCUAUGUCUCCUCCAUCAAACAAUCUGCCUGAAAAGACUAAAUCUGCAAAAGAGUCAUUGAAGUUGACUCCUUUCGGAGAUGCGUGUUCGAGAGCAGAUCUAAGUAGUAUACACGAACAGCUAGAGAAACUUGGGUAUGCAGAAGAUGAUGGGGUCGGUAACGAGUUUUCAUUCCAAAUGUGGACGGGUGAAAUGCAAGAGAAUAUGGACUACAAGAAGCAUGGAGAUGUCGCGUUUCUUGCGAAAGAUUUUGAUACCGCCACUGAAUUCUACACCGAGUUCAUAAGUGGAGCUCCUGUGGUGUCACCAACAGUAUUGGCAAGAAGGUGUCUUUGUUACCUAAUGACUGAAAUGUUCAGCGAGGCUCUAAGUGAUGCGAUGCAAGCGCAAGUAGCUUCACCUGAAUGGCCAAUCCCUCUUUACUUACAAGCGGCUUGUCUCUUCAAGCUCGAGAUGGAAGCUGAAGCUAAAGAAGCACUUAGACAUGGUUUUGCUCUUGAGGCUUAUUAGACUAACUUUGUGAAAAUAUUUAUUUUGAGAAACUGUGAAUACACACAAAAACAUGUACAAGCCAAUGUGAAUAAGUGUGUACCCAUUCA